CAUCUUUACGACGAAUAUGUUUUGUCGUUACCUUACGACGAAAUAACGAUGCUUUUCUUUCUCCACGUACUUUCCUCGCAAAAUCAACGUUUUUUUACGAGGAUUAUUUUUCCUCGUUAAACUUCCUCGUUAAAGUUACGUUUUCUUGUAGUGACUCAUUAUUUAGUAGAAACAAUGGGUAAUAAUAUUCUAGAACUCAUCGAUAUAGAAGCCACUCCAAAUUCUCCUUUUUCUUUUUCUCAACUACUCACCACAUAAAUGUAAGUAUCAAAUUUGUUAAGUUUUCUUUAUAUAUUUCUAAAUUAUAUAAGAUUGGCCAAAAGGUACCGUAAGCUUAAUCCCAUUACUAAUGAAAUAAUGAUUUCAUUCUCAUAUAAAGAAACAAUACUCACACCUCUAGGAUGAAAGAUAGUACAAAGACCCACAUGAGAAAAUACAAAUGAGUCUCCCAGAAAAAACAAGCUUGGAUGUAUUAACGAUGUGUACAAUUCUAAUGAAUCCUAAUAAAUCUCCACUUGUGAGACCCACAAUGCGUAUUAUUAUAUGUACUAUGAGGAUUCAAAUUUUCAUAAAGUCUAAAAUUUAAUUACUUCAAUGCUUAAAAAGAAAGGUCAAAUUCUUACUACAACACCCUACAUACCCGUUUUUAAUGUUAUUUAUGCUUUCUCCCACUUGAUUUUGCUUAGUUGUACUUGUAACUAAUAUGAAUCCCAAAUGGUGUAAAAAGUGAACGCCAACCCAUCACAUAAACAAGAAAUUGAAAAUAAUUUACUAUCUAUGGUUUUUCUUUUACUUUAAGAAUAAAAAGUUUUAAAUGACAAUCAAUAAAUCCAGUUACCUUACCUUGAAUGCAAAAGAAAACAACUCUCUCUAUUUUGGGAGAGAGAGGAGACUGGAGAGCCAAAAGGCUGCAACACUUUUUAUGACCAAGACAGGACUGAGAAGUGAGAAGGAAGACGAGUAUUAAAGGAAUGAGGAAGAGGAACAGCUCCUAACCUAAUUAAGAAAAUAAGUUUCACAUUCCUUCUUGUAAUUGUUGAGUGGCUCUCAUCUUAUUUCCACCUCAAAAAGAUGAUUUUUUUUAUUGUGGGAUAGAUUGCAGCUCAGUGAAUUAACCAAAGAGAGAGAGAGAGAGAGAGGAGUAAAAACUAGUAAAUGUAUGUCUAUCCUAUCAUGUGGUUAUCAGCAAUAAAAAGAACAUAAGAGACAAAAAAGGCGAGUGUUAACCAAUGAGCAUUCUCAGACAAUACUUAAUGAGAGAGCUCGGAAAAAAUUACUCUGGUUUGGUGGGAAUUGAUGUUUUCUAUCUCAUCUACGGUCGGUGUGGGUUCGAACCUUGGGAACUAUACGAUUCGAUUCCCGAUAGAUAUCUCUAUAAAUAAAAGUUGUAAAGCGAAUUAAAUUUUUAGAAAGUGUACCAUUUUUUAUUUCAAGAACUCGCUUACUAACCUUUCUCCUUCAUAUAUAUAUAUAUAUAUAUAAUGGCUUGUCUUGUAGUUCUUCAAUUGAGAGAAAACAAUGGUGUUAGAAUUGCCAUGUGGUGAUACUCGCUCCUUGUAUUCAAUUAUAUGAGUGAUUCAAUAGGCUCCAGCUUUUCUUGAUUCUGAAACACAAGAAAGGGAAAAAAAUCAUACGCAAAACAUUAUUUAUUGAUGAUUAAGUGCAAAGCUAAAGACAGCAAGAGACAUAAGGGUUAUACCAGAGGGUAAAGAGAUUGAAAUAGGCUGAGGUACGUAAGUUUUAUUAAAAAAAAGAAGAAGCUAAGUUUUACUGUUUAUGUUGGCUAUGGAGUCUCCAAGAAUCCAUGAAGGAGAUGCUGAGGAAAAGAGUAGUUGUGAAUCAGGAUGGACUAUGUACAUAGAAGACACCUUCCAUGGAAACCAUCACUCUGAAUUUGUCUAUGAAGAAUAUGAUGAUGAUGGUAAUCAUUUUCGUGUAAAAGAUGUCGAUGAUGAUAGUAGUGAAAAUGGGAGCGAUGACUCGAUGACUUCUGAUGCAUCUUCAUGGCCUAGCACUCAGCUUCCAAGGAAGACAAAGAAUCAUGCAGCUGCAAAGAAGAGUAAUAAUGCCAAACAAGUCAGUCAUCACACAAAGAGUAGAGCUCGUGAAAAAUCCACCGACCAAGAAGAAGAAUCUGAGUUCAAGGGUAAAACAAGAACCAUUGCAGCUAGUCGUGUUCAAAGUAAAGGCAGGGUGAGAAAAAACAAAUAAGACUCUAAAUACUGGUUUUAAACUUCUAUUGCUAUAUCCAAUAUUCUCUUUGGCUCAAGGGAUAUCACAAUCUAGACCAUGUAAUUGUUACCUUCAUUUGAAAUUUAUGUGUAAUAGCCUUGUUUUCUAUAACAGGAUUAUGUUUUUGCCUUAAAGCAAAUCCCGUUCCUGUAACUUUAUUUGCCUUGGAGCUAUGCUAAUAAUAUCUAUUUUUAUGCA